GUGUGUCAGACCUAUGGGACAAAAGAACUGUCUCAGUUUUCUAAGGAGGGAGAAAUCAACAUUGGAGGAAUUUUUUCUUUCCAUCAGAACCCCAUCACUGUUUAUCCAACUUUUGAAGUCAAUCCAGGAAAAAUACAGUGUGAAGGACUGGACCCAGGAGAGCUUCAGUAUGCAUACACUAUGAUGUUUGCUAUAGAAGAAAUUAAUAACAGCUCAGGGCUGCUGCCAGGAGUGACACUUGGUUAUAGGAUCUUUGAUUCCUGCCCCAGUAUACCUUUGUCUAUUAGGGCAUCACUAAACUUGAUGAAUAGAUAUGAAAGUGGAGCAGGGAGCUGUAACAAACUUUCCAACGUACAUGCUGUCAUAGGAGAAACCACAUCCACCUCCACGAUAGGCAUUGCACGCACCAUGGGACCAUUCCAUAUACCCGUGAUCAGUCAUUCAGCUUCUUGUGCAUGUCUUAGCAACAGAAGAGACUAUCCUUCUUUUUUUAGAACCAUACCUAGUGACAUUUACCAAAGCAAAGCAUUAGCAAAGCUUGUGAAACAUUUUGGCUGGACCUGGGUAGGAGCUAUCAGAACUAAUAAUGAUUAUGGGAAUGGUGGUAUGGCCACUUUCUUGGAAGCAGCAGAAAGGGAAGGUGUGUGUGUUGAGUACUCAGUGGCCAUUUACCGAACUAAUCCAAGGAAGUGGUUCUUAGAUGUGGUAAAUAUUAUAAAGAAAUCCACCUCUAAGGUAAUAGUGGCAUUUGCUGAUGGCACAGACCUUGACAUACUUUUUAAAGAGCUUCAUGCUCAAAAUGUGACAGGCCUGCAGUGGGUUGGGAGUGAAGGCUGGAUCACAUACCGUUAUAUUGCCUCUCCAGUAAAUUACGCUGUGGUUCAGGGGGCAGUUGGCUUUGCAGCAUUAAAUGCUCACAUUCCUGGACUGCAAGAGUUCCUAGCCAGCAGCAGGCCUUCCACCGUACCUGGGAAUCAGGGCCUUGUGGAAUUGUGGGAGACAGUGUUCAGGUGCAACCUGUCUCCUCAAACAGAGACUCAUGCUGAAGAUCUGACAAUAGCCUGCACUGGAAAGGAGUCUCUCCUGCAUGUGAAGACACGUUUCACAGAUGUGUCAGAUGCCAGCCUGCUAAAUAAUGUGUACAAAGCCACAUAUGCUGUUGCUCAUGCUCUACAUAUGCUAUUUACUUGCAAAGAUGAAAGGGAGCCUUUUAAGAACAAUACUUGUGCUGAUACGGAAAAUGUACAACCAUGGCAGGUACUGCAUUACCUAACCAAGGUCAAUUUUACAACUAAGACUGGUGAAGAAGUGGUCUUUGAUGAGUUAGGUGAACCUGUGGCACGUUAUGCAUUGGUGAACUGGCAGAUGGGUGAAAAAGGUUACAUACUUUUUAAGACAAUUGGUUACUAUGAUGCAUCCCAGCCUGAGGGUCAGGAGUUUAAGAUGAAAGCAGGUGUGAGAGCCAUCUGGGCAGGAGAGAAUUUCGAGGUGCCAAGGUCUGUUUGCAGUAAGAGUUGUUUGCCUGGGACCCGUCAGGCUUUUGUUAAGGGCAAGCCAAUCUGCUGUUUUGAUUGCAUCACCUGCGCUGAUGGGGAGUUCAGCAACACUACAAAUGCAGUGAAAUGUGACAAAUGCCCUCCUGAAUUCAAGUCCAAUGAAGAGAGAAAUAAUUGUGAAAUGAAAGCUAUUGAGUUCCUCACGUUCACAGAAUUAUUGGGUAUACUGUUGGUCUCCUUUUCUCUCUUUGGUGCGUGCAUCUCAAUGACUGUAGCCCUAAUAUUUUUCCAAUACAGACACACUCCUAUUGUCAGAGCAAACAACUCUGAGCUCAGCUUUUUGCUGCUCUUCUCCUUGACUCUGUGUUUCCUGUGUUCUGUGACCUUCAUUGGCCGGCCCUCCGAAUGGUCCUGCAUGCUUCGACACACAGCAUUUGGCAUAACUUUUGUGCUCUGCAUCUCUUGUAUGCUGGGGAAAACGAUAGUGGUUGUAAUGGCAUUCAAGGCUACACUUCCAGGCAGUAAUGUUAAGAAGUGGUUUGGACCUGUACAGCAAAGACUGAGUGUUCUAGCAUUCACUCUCAUACAGAUUUUGAUUUGCUUAGUUUGGUUAGCAAUAAAUCCACCAUUCCCCUACAAAAAUAUGAACUACUACAAAGAUAAAAUUAUACUUGAAUGUGCCCUGGGAUCACCUCUAGGGUUCUGGACUGUGUUAGGAUACAUAGGGCUGCUGGCUAUGUUAUGUUUUGUACUUGCUUUUUUAGUUCGAAAGCUGCCUGAUAAUUUCAAUGAAGCUAAAUUUAUCACUUUCAGCAUGUUGAUAUUCUGUGCAGUGUGGUUAACCUUUAUACCUGCUUAUGUCAGCUCUCCUGGGAAAUUCACAGUUGCUGUGGAAAUAUUUGCUAUUCUGGCCUCAAGCUAUGGAAUGUUAUUUUGCAUUUUUUUGCCAAAGUGUUACAUUAUUUUAUUAAAACCUGAAAACAAUACAAAGAAACACCUGAUGAGUAAAGGGACCUCAAGAACGAUCUGA